CUCCGGGCAAAAGAGUAUCAACUGCUCGACCCCGACCACGACCACAUCGUUCCCAAUAUUGGAGGGACUUCCAACACCGACAUUCGGGACGAUUUGAACCAAGCUUGGUUUGAUUCUAGAGAUGGGAGAGGAGCCUUCGGCCGGACGGGAUCCCAACUGCUAUUCAUGGUGAGACGGCUGAUGUUCAACGAUGACUACGAUGAGGACGCUAUAUGGGGUCCUGUCCGGAUCCUCGGUGCCGGUUCGUACGGCCAGGUCGGCUUAUGGCAGAAGCGCAAUGACUUGAACCAGCCCAUUGAUGAGCUUGCCUUGAAAGAAAACGCAUACAAUCCGAACGCUCUUCUGCCAUCCGAGGUUUCCCCUAUCAUGAAAUUGAGAAUGCCGAAGGAGGCCUUGAUCCAACACGACAUCAACGACAAGGAUGAUAGAGCCGCACCUUUUCUUCGACGUUACAAAUUUAUCUCAGAGAGUGCAGACCACGAACAAGGACGAUACCGCCACUACCUCGAGUUCUGCCCACAUGACAGUCUCCAGAGCUUAAGCGCUCUCUACCGCGCUUGGGAUACGUAUCUUCCAGAAGUAUUCCUCUGGUACGUCUUCCACCGACUGGCCAUCUCCUGCCAAGCACUGCACGAGACCCCUCCCCUCGACAGCCUUGCCUGGAGCACGGAACUCGACGGUCUGGCGCGACGGAAUGGCUAUUGUCUUCAUCUCGACAUGAAGCCAGGAAACGUACUGCUUGACUACGCUCCCGAAGAUCCGCAAGAUCAUGACUUUCCCGGUCCAAAGCUGUCCGACUAUGGCAUGUCUGUGUACACUUGCUCGGACGACCAAAGUAACCCCAUCAGGUAUUUCUGGCGAGCUACCCGUGUCUAUGCGCCACCAGAACAACAAAGCUAUGGUGCACAUUGGACACUUCCGCCCACGGGAGCCGCCAAAAGAACCCACGACGAGCAACGUCGACGACGCGACUUCAAACAAGCGAAAGCUGCUCAGAGGGAUGACAAUAGAGAGGAUGAGGCCGACAUUACCUUUGACACUUCGACGAAUAUCUACGGAGUCGGCGCCACAAUGUACACCCUCCUCACAUUACGCCGCCCCGAACGCCUGCAGGAAACUCGUGCCAAAACCAUACAAAAGUUCGUGCGCAACGGCAACCACCAGAUCUCAGGAGUCCGCACAAAAACGCCCGGCAUCUACAGCAGCCGCCUCCGCAGUUUCCUUUCCCGUUGUAUCGAUCCCAACCCCGACGCACGCCCAACUCAGCUCGAACUCCUGGACGCCACGCGCCGCGGUCUCCGUCUCGCUGAACGUCGUCUGCGCAAAAAGAAUACAUGGAACGUUGCUCAGGCCAGCAAUGCGCAACUCAUCGCCGCCGUCAUGGCAGGCGCGCCGCCCAACGAUCCCGAUGUCCCCACGCAUUCGGAGAAAUUGUACUUCAAGGGCCAUGAGAUCAACGACAUGCCUCUUGGCGACGCUGGAUUUAGGCCCUCGAAAAGCGAAAUCAAAUACCUCGCAAUCGGUGAUUUUGUGGAUCCGGAUCGUCGACGUUUGAGGCUGCCCGCCGCAAAGUAUGGGCACUACCCAGCUCCUUCGUUCGUACCAGGUUGGAAGAAACUCUAUGAUGAGAGUAACGGGGAUCCUGCUUGGUUCAAUGAUCCUUUUGUGGCUCCGCCACCUCCACAGAACGCUAAUGCUGCGACUGGUGCUGGUGCUGGUACUGGUGGUCCAUGAAGUACAGCAAAGUGUUAGAAAUUACCGAACGCUCAGUAUAAAGACAAAUCAAGACAUGUUUUGGUAUAAAG